UAUAUUCUAAAACUAUAUGGAAAUUUGCAAGGAAGGAGAAGCCUAGGACGCGAAACGGGCUUGCUUGGGUCUGGCCAACUGAAUUACGAAGCUGCCCUUUCAGUCUAAUGAUAACCUAUAGAAAAGUUUAUAUCGUAGAGUAGGGAAACGCAAGAGUUGAUGUGAUUAGGGAUAGAUAUAAACAUCGAUAUAGCAGGUUUUUGUGUGCUUGAUAUCGUCGAGAAACGAAACAUAUCCGGCCCAAUUCGGCGAGCAUUAAAUGCAAGAUCUUGUAGAGAUUUUGGCAUAUACAUACACCUCUACAUCGUCGUCUUUUGUACUUAUCUCCGUUUAUAAAACCGAAGCACUUAACCGGCUGCUGAGCUCACAAACAUCAUCGUCUUCCACCUUUUAACAGAGAGAAAAAUCAAGAGAGAGAAAACUUCCAUUCGAGGCAGAAACAAAGAUGAGUCAGCUUGUGCGUCUAUGGCGUGGGGAUUGGAAGAAGCAGCCCAACGGAGACUGGAUUUUCUUUGAGGACCCAUCUGACUUCGGUUUCGGUGCAUUGAUCGGCGAGGGUGAAACUUUUGAGUCACUGAUGACUAUCGUUCGUAUGCGAUACCAACUGGCGAACACAACCCCUGUUGUCUUAAGCUACCAGCUUCCUGACCAUAUGCUGGUCCAAGCGGGGAGGAGGUCGCCACCGAUAACUUUAUCUACCACCGCAGACGUUGGCGUCAUGUUGACUGUCCGUGAUUGGUACGCGGAGCAAACUGUGAAUGUCACCAUCGGACCACAAAACGUCGCUAUGUAUCAUUUUCAUCGUCGUGACAACUUUGUUGUCCGCGGCAGGACCUUUGUCGUUGAUGGAAGCUCUAACGAAGAGGGGAGAAAUGCGUUCGAAGGUCUCAUGAAUGAAAGGAUUAUCGUUUGUAGUGUGAGUGUUUUGGAAGAGAUCUUUAGCGAAGAGGACAUGGUCAUCUUGCACCGUGUUGCUCUAGAGCUGAACUCUCCCAGUUACACUCGUGGUCGUCGUGCCCCUCCCCCAUCUCCGACUACCAACGGCGGUUCUACUCGAAUGGAACUUGUACUGCUGGAUGAUGACGACGAGGUGAUGGCUACUACACAAGUGAGUAAUGGAGGCCACAGUGGACUAAUCGUUGCAAACUCGGGUGAAAUGACUAUUGUUCCUGUUACGGAACAACAGCUGGAACUCCCUCUCAGCCAGCCACCCACAGCCUUUGGCGACGUCGGUCUUGAUCUCAUGGUUACAUCCCAAAACGGAAACCCCGAGAUUGACUGUGAAGGGUUCCAUGACAACUUCAUGUGGGAAAGACUCUUGGAAGAAGGAUUGCUUCAAACUGUUCAAGGUAAUAUCACCGCACAGCCCAACGAGCCCAACGAGCCCAACCAGGAGUCUCCCAAGUCUGUUCUCCGUGUGCUUAAUGGGCCUGAAGCCCAUGAUGGUGGAAACUCUUCUACUGGAUCGUCCGUCGGUGUGACAUCACUUGUGCCUGAAACCGUCCUCACCCCAGUUACUGGGACCACUUGCGGUUCAAUCUCUAGCGUCGGAACUCAGCCGGUCGGACUAAUGAGCAGUGGCAAUGCUUUACUUGCGGAGUUUGACAAGUACAUUGAGGCAAGAUCGACAAUGGCGAUGCUCUCUCCUGUUGGGCCUGGGCUUCCAGCUUCCGCAGCUUCUGCAUCGUUUGCUUCAGGCUCAAAGAGUGUUGGAUCUCCAACACUUAAGUUAACCUUGGGCCGUCCCAACCAAGCAGGCCCACCGAAGAAGGACCGUGCACCGGAGGAUUCUUCGCCGGAGGACAGCGGCAGUGGGGGGGACGGAGAUCACUCUCCAACUGACCUAUACGUUGGUAUGUACUUCAAGAGCAGAGAUGCCUUCAGGCAACAUAUGGCAUGCUACGCAAUAAGCAAAAAGUUCAAGUUCCGGUGUGAAAAAUCUGGUCCGUAUGUCACGGUCUUGUCAUGCUGCGGAAACACAUGUAAAUGGCGAGUCUAUGCAGUCCUCAUCGAGGGCACAAAUGCUUACGAGGUUAGGAAGUUAGUGAGCUCGCACAGUUGUUCAGUUGACGAGAGAGCUGGAUAUCAGAGACAGGCAACAUCUACUGUCAUCGGUGAGAUGAUGAAGCCAAAGUUUGUUGGUUCUGGUUCCGGACCAAGGCCAAUGGAAAUAAGAAACAUGAUGCGAGGGGAUCAUGCAGUUAAUAUUUCCUACUGGAAGGCUUGGCGUUCACGUGAAGCAGCAAUCGACCAAGCAAAAGGCUCGUGUGUGGCUUCUUACAAAGCACUCCCCACAUACUUGCAUAAGCUUGUAGAGGCCAACCCAGGAACAGUUGCUGAUUUAGCAACAGAAUACCAGGAGGGAGUUGGCCACCGCUUCAAAUAUAUGUUUCUCGCCAUGGGAGCUUCGAUCAAGGGUUAUCCUUACAUGCGUAAGGUGGUUGUUGUCGAUGGAACUCAUCUGAAAGGGAAGUAUGCAGGGUGUCUGCUAACAGCCUCAGCACAAGAUGGAAACUACCAGAUAUAUCCGCUUGCGUUUGCUAUAGUUGAUGGAGAAAACGACAAGUCUUGGGAAUGGUUCUUCCAGAGGCUAACAUCGAUAGUCCCAGACGAGGAAGGUUUGGUGUUUGUUUCAGAUCGUCAUGCAUCAAUAUACCAGGGACUCAGGAAGGUGUAUCCAAGUGCCGGUCAUUGUGCUUGUAUUGUCCACUUGAAGAGAAACAUAAGAACGAACUUUAAAGAAAGACACCUUGGUUACUUGGUUGCAAAGGCCGCACGAGCAUUUAGGAUGUCUGAGUUCUACUCCACUUUCAACGAGAUCAAGAAAGUCAACCCGAGAUGUGCCGACUACUUAAUUGAUCUUGGAUUAGGUCAUUGGGCAAGAUCUCAUUUCCCAGGUGCACGCUACAACAUCAUGACUAGUAACCUGGCAGAGUCAUGGAACGCAGUAUUGCGUGAAGCCAGAGAGUAUCCUGUGGUUCCGUUAAUAGAGUUCAUACGUUCUAAGCUAAUGUCAUGGUUCUCAAAGAGACGUCAGUCUCUCGAAGGUAAUAAUGCUGCCUUGGCUCCUAAGGUAUUGGAACUGCUUGCUGCCAGCUUUGAGUUGACAGGUGCAUUUGAGGUCAAGAAGGUGGACACCGGAGAGUACGAGGUGCGCGACACGAGUGGUGUCUCAUUCCUCGUAAACCUGCCUGAAAAGAGUUGCACUUGCUACCAGUUCCAGAUGCUUCGCAUACCAUGUUCACAUGCAAUUGCUUCAGCAAUACAAGCAGGGGUUAAUGUAGAAUCAAUGGUUGCAGACGUGUACAGCGUAGCAUUCAUGAAGUCUGCGUACAAGGGACAUAUAUUGCCUCCAAAAGAAUACGAGAUUCACUCGGAACUCUCUUCGGCAAUGGAAGCUCUCUACCUACAACCUCCUUCAACUAGGCGCCCACCAGGAAGGCCUCGUAAGCAGAGAUUCCUGUCCCGCGGUGAAGUGCGUAUGAAGAUAACUCGAAGGAAGACAGUGUGUAGCCGGUGCAAGGGGAUAGGUCACAACCGUGCUACAUGCAAGCAACCAAUAUGAUAUGAAUGCAGCUACAGAGGGGAUUGAAAGCAAACGGAGGUGUACGCAAAGAAGGUGGUUUAAUGGCAUGCGAAUAAAUGUUGACUUGUGUAAUAGAUGUAAUAUAUAAGUGAUGCAUGUUCUAGGCUUGGGUAUGGGGAUUUGGUUGUGCUCCGUAUUAUUAUCUUAAAUAAAGCUUCCCCCUCUUUUUUAUGUAUGUUGACUCUUAGAGAAUUUCCAUUGUGUACAAGAACCAUAUGUUAUAUGUUAUAUGGUUGGUUGCUUGCAUGGUUUUGGCAGGGUCAA